CACUCGUACGACAAGCGUUUUACUAAUGUGUUUAUGUUUUCCAUCUUUCUUCAGCAUUAUACACAAUUUUUCUCGUCUGGCUUCGAGUAUAUUAUUAUAGAGGCUGCAUAAAUAUUGUAUUAUCUUUUUUGUGUGUCCAUCAUUGAAUUUUUUUUUAUUAUAUGUAACGGAUAAUAAACUACAACAAAAUCGUGUAGAACUAACUGUAAUGUUUAUAUUGUAGUAAAUAACUAAUUAAUUUGCUUAUUCGUUAUAGCGAAAUAGUUAAAGUAGAUUCAUUACUGUCAGCACAAUGGAAAAAAUUUUUCAUGUUAAAAUCUCAAAAUGGUAGAGAAUUGUGGGAGAAAUUUUUCAAUCUAGCAUAUUUAGCUGAUGUUCUGUUUUAAUUUAUAAUUAUUAAUUCAAUUUCAACUUAACAAUUAUCCUAAUCGCUUAGCAACAUGCCGCCUAAACAGAGAAAAAUAGCGAUCAUGGGCUAUCGCUCUGUUGGAAAAUCUUCAUUGAGCAUACAGUUUGUUGAAGGGCAGUUUGUUGAUUCAUACGAUCCUACUAUAGAAAAUACAUUUACAAAAAGUACUCGAGUGAAUUCUCAAGAUUAUGAAGUCAAAUUAGUUGACACAGCAGGUCAAGAUGAAUAUAGCAUUUUUCCAACACAGUACUCAAUGGAUAUUCAUGGAUAUGUUUUGGUAUAUAGUAUAACUAGUGCAAAAAGCUUUGAAGUUGUACAAGUUAUAUAUGAUAAACUUCUCGAUAUCACAGGAAAAGUUCACGUACCAAUCGUUUUAGUUGGAAAUAAAACUGACUUAUAUGUAGAUCGAAUGAUUACUGCAGAACAAGGAAAACGGUUAGCAGAUUCAUGGCACGCAGCUUUCUUAGAAACAAGUGCAAAACAAAAUGAGUCAGUUGCCGAUAUUUUUCAUACUUUAUUGGUUGAAAUUGAAAAGGCUGAUGGAAAUGUACAAGAAAAACCUAGUUGCUUAUUAUCUUGAACUAAAAUUUUAAUUUAAGGUUUUGAUUUCUUCAAAUG